UGUCCUAUCAAGUGCCUGUGUUCUGCCUGCCUGCUAAAAGUGAGAGGUGACAUCAAGUGAUCAGUUAGCCUGUGAGCAAGGCACACGCCUGGGGAGAGUUUGGUCUAAUAGUAGGUUCCCUUAGGCAACACGAACACAGCAACUUGUCUUUCUGCCUCAGCAAUGGCAGAAGCUGUUAUAAGACACUGGGUGGAAACUCCUGUACGCUAUCAAGAGCAGUUUGCUGCCAAGGAGCUGGAAGAACACAAACUGAAUCACUCUCUUUAUGCUUUGCCGGGACCUUUUACAGCUGCACUGAGCAGAAGAGGGCAAAUUACAGAAAGUACGGAUGGGGCCGAGGCAAGUGGCCAGGAAGAAAAAAAGACGGGCUUUCAGGUCCUGCUGGAUGUUGUGCAGUUUCGCCCAGAAGAUAUCAUUAUUCAGACUUUUGAAGGCUGGCUCCUGAUCAAAGCUCAGCAUGGACCCAGGAUGGAUGAGCAUGGCUUCAUAUCCAGAAGCUUCACCAGACAGUACAAACUGCCCGAUGGAGUGGAGAACAAAGAUUUGUCUGCGCAAUUCUGCCAUGAUGGCAUUUUGGUUGUUGAAAUGAAGAACUCGGUGGGAAUUAAUUAGAGUCUUGUCCUAUUGGUGAGAUAAAUUUAUUCUUAAUAUCACAAAUGGUAUUAUUCAAGCAAUGCUGUGGAGUGUAGAAAGCACGUGGCUGCGUUAAUAUUACAGAAAAGGAAAAUAAUCGUGUAUGUUUUUCAGUAUGCUGAAUUUGUUGUUUGAUGUGAAAUGUUAGACCAACUGUCCCCAGCUAAGUAUAUGCUGAAUAGCCAGACUUUUUGAACUGUAGAAAAGUUAGGUUAAUCACAGUAUGAGAAAAAAAAAAAAGAUA